GGGCGUGGCCUGACUCUGCGCCUGUGCCGAAUUCCAGCUGCAGCUGCUGAGGGAGAAAAUGAUGCCCAGGUUGGGCUCCCCGGCCCGCCGGCCUAGGAAAGGCCUGCGUUGCACACGCGCAGACCGAGCAUCCGUGUCAAGAGGGGAAGAGAGCGCGCGCUCCCCACGUCCUGCGCGGCUGGCUGCCAGGCAUUCGUCUCAGCCGUGACUCUCGCCAGGCCGGGGCUGGCGCGCUCACGUCUGAAGAGUGAUGCCCCGGGAGAUCAUCACCCUGCAGCUGGGCCAGUGCGGCAACCAGAUUGGGUUCGAGUUCUGGAAACAGCUGUGCGCCGAGCAUGGUAUCAGCCCCGAGGGCAUCGUGGAGGAGUUUGCCACCGAGGGCACUGACCGCAAGGACGUCUUUUUCUACCAGGCAGAUGACGAGCACUACAUCCCGCGGGCCGUGCUGCUGGACCUGGAGCCCCGGGUGAUCCACUCCAUCCUCAACUCCCCCUAUGCCAAGCUCUACAACCCAGAGAACAUCUACCUGUCGGAGCAUGGAGGAGGAGCUGGCAACAACUGGGCCAGUGGAUUCUCCCAGGGUGAGAAAAUUCAUGAAGACAUCUUUGACAUCAUAGACCGAGAAGCAGAUGGAAGUGACAGUUUAGAGCUCCAGAACAGCUCCAGAGUGAUAAAGGGCUUCGUGCUGUGUCACUCCAUCGCUGGGGGUACGGGUUCUGGCCUGGGCUCCUACCUCCUGGAGCGACUGAAUGACAGGUACCCCAAAAAGCUGGUGCAGACUUAUUCAGUGUUUCCCUACCAGGAUGAGAUGAGCGAUGUGGUGGUCCAGCCCUACAAUUCACUCCUCACACUCAAGAGGCUGACACAGAAUGCAGACUGUGUGGUGGUGCUGGACAACACAGCCCUGAACCGGAUUGCCACAGACCGCCUGCACAUCCAGAACCCGUCCUUCUCCCAGAUCAACCAGCUGGUGUCCACCAUCAUGUCGGCCAGCACCACCACCCUGCGCUACCCCGGCUACAUGAACAAUGACCUCAUCGGCCUCAUCGCCUCACUCAUCCCCACUCCGCGGCUCCACUUCCUCAUGACCGGCUAUACCCCACUCACUACGGACCAGUCAGUGGCUAGCGUGAGGAAGACCACAGUCCUGGAUGUCAUGAGGCGGCUCCUGCAGCCCAAGAAUGUGAUGGUGUCCACAGGCCGAGACCGCCAGACCAACCACUGCUACAUCGCCAUCCUCAACAUCAUCCAGGGAGAGGUGGACCCCACCCAGGUCCACAAGAGCCUGCAGAGGAUCCGGGAACGGAAGUUGGCCAACUUCAUCCCAUGGGGCCCCGCCAGCAUCCAGGUGGCCUUGUCAAGGAAGUCUCCCUACUUGCCCUCGGCCCACCGGGUCAGUGGGCUCAUGAUGGCCAACCACACCAGCAUCUCCUCGCUCUUUGAAAGUUCCUGCCAGCAGUUUGACAAGCUGCGGAAACGGGAUGCCUUCCUCGAGCAGUUCCGUAAAGAGGACAUGUUCAAGGACAACUUUGACGAGAUGGACAGGUCUAGGGAGGUUGUUCAGGAGCUCAUUGAUGAGUACCAUGCCGCCACACAGCCAGACUACAUCUCCUGGGGCACCCAGGAGCAGUGAUUUCCCUCCCCACUACUCCUGGACGGGAAGCACAGCCUCAACCAUGCCUGCACCCUCUGACCCAACUUCACCUCAUGGACAACCCUUCUUGCUCAUCUCCAGCCCAUGAGCUGGUCCUGCUUCUUCCCUCCAUGCCCUGACUCUUGAUAUGCUUCUUAAGCACUACUAAAGUAAUAAAGCUUGGUUGUCAGUAUA